ACCGUUUAGCUCACCUACCUGUUUCAAUUUCUUUCUCUUGGUAAAUUCCUGUGUUUCUCAGACUCUACCAUUCUUCAUUGUUGAAUUAACUAACAUUCACAUUCUUCAAUCCACAGAACAGAACUUGUGAUAUCUCUUCAUACAUUGCCGGGUUGAGGUCAUAGUUUUGUGUGGGGUCCAGAGGCGCCAACCAUCAUCAACAAUGUAUUUGAUGCUGUGAAUCACCAAAACUCACCAACCCCCUCAACACACCAUUCUGAUUCUGAUGGGUCCUCUUCCUCUCUCUAUCUCUGUCUCCUGACCCUCCAAGCUUUCUUCUUUCAUUUUGAUGGCUCUUAAGGCCUCUGCUUCCAUCUGUCCUUCUUCUUCUUCUUAUCCUCAAUUGGGUUCUCAUGAUUCCAAUUGUGGCCUUACUGGGGGCCUGAAUUUAAGGUAUGACCUUGACAAGUGCUGCAAUUGGAAAUGUUGUUGUACUAGUUUGGGUCUUGUGGCUCAGAGAGCUCUAACUCCUGUUGAAGAUGAAAAGCCAACUGUGCCCUUGGUUGACUCAUCUCUUGCUGCUGAUGCUUCUCACUACAAUGACUCUAAGGCCUUUCACAAGGAUGUAAACCUCCUUCCUAGGCCAUUGACAGCAAUUGAUGUUUCUUCUUCUCCAAGAGAUGGAUCAAAGGUGCGAGUGGCUUAUCAGGGUCUUCCAGGAGCAUAUAGUGAGGACGCAGCAUUGAAAGCAUAUCCAAAAUGUGAGACUGUGCCAUGUGACGAAUUUGAAGCUGCAUUCAAGGCAGUUGAAUUGUGGCUGGUGGAUAAAGCUGUUCUACCCAUCGAAAAUUCUGUUGGUGGAAGCAUCCACCGUAAUUAUGACCUACUUCUUCGUCAUAGGCUGCAUAUUGUUGGGGAGGUGCAGUUGCAAGUUAGCCACUGCCUCUUAGGAUUGCCUGGUGUAAGAAAGGAGGAGCUCAAAGCUGUUGUGAGUCAUCCUCAGGCUCUAGCACAAUGUGAGAAUAUGCUUAAUGAUUUAGGUGUCGUUAAAAUUGGUUCGCCUGAUACUGCAGCUGCAGCCAAGACAGUGGCCUUGGAUUGUGUAAGAGAUACUGGAGCUAUUGCAAGUUGCCGAGCUGCAAAGAUAUAUGGCCUUGAUGUGCUUGCAGAAGGAAUUCAGGAUGAUGAUGUAAAUAUUACUCGUUUCUUGAUCCUUGCAAGGGAUCCUAUAAUCCCAGGAACUGACAGGCCCUACAAGACUAGCAUUGUGUUCAGUCUCGAAGAAGGCCCUGGUGUACUUUUCAAAGCCUUGGCAGUUUUUUCUAUGAGGAAUAUUAAUUUGUCAAAGAUAGAGAGUCGCCCACUAAAGCAGCGUCCACUUCGGGUUGUUGAUGAUUCAAAUGAAGGGAGUGCUAAGUACUUUGACUACCUCUUCUACAUUGAUUUUGAAGCUUCGAUGGCAGACCCUCGAUCACAAUAUGCCUUAGGACAUUUGCAGGAAUUUGCAAGAUUUCUUCGUGUUCUUGGUUGUUAUCCAAUGGAUACAGUUUUAUAGAAUCAUAAGUGGCUUAAAUAGGAGCAACUGUGCAUGCUGUACAUUUCAGAGUGUCAUUGAUCUUGGCAUAAGCGGCUACUGGCAGAGUUAGUUUCAUCUUGAAUCAGAGAGACAUGGGGAGAAAGUAUCCAUCAUUUAAGAGCAUUUCCACUAGCAAAAUUCUUUUUUCAUCUCCCAAGGAGGUGCUUUGGGGUAUCAUAAAGCGAGUUUUCAAGAGCAGAUUGGACAAGGCAUCUUGAAAGAUCAAAGUUUGUCACCUUUAACACCUAACUCCUCAAACCCUCUUUUUCAUUUACUUUUUUUUUUGGAUCCCUUUAUAUUAUUUUAUAUUAUAGGAUAUUAAUAGCGAACAUCAUGAUGGCAAAUAAAUGAAUGGCCAAGCCGCCCCCAAGAUUUUCUUCUUCC